ACAUAUAGAAAGAAGCUUUGCAAUUGCAACGGCGACCAACAAUAUCGGAUUCCUUCCGUACAUGGAAAUCAAAAUUAGGGCAUGAAAUUAGCAUCAUCCUCAGUCACAACCAUCAAAUCGGCUUCAUAACUCAUUCACACCGUCUGCGCAGCAGGGUCAACUACCAAUUACAAUGGGAAGUAAAGGUAGACUUCCGCCACCUCAUCAUUUACGGCGUCCUCUUCCCGGGCCCGGCAUGGGCCAUCACGAUCCAAUACCUCCCGAAAUGCACCCUCAUCACGGCGGUUUUCCUCCAUACGACAUGCACAUGCCGCCACCUCCCGAAAUAAUGGAACAGAAGAUCGCCGCACAACACGUUGAGAUGCAGAAACUUGCAACUGAAAACCGUAGGUUUGCUGCUACACACGGAACCUUAAGACAAGAUCUCGCCACCAUACAACAUGAGCUGCAGAUGUUGCAUAAUCACGUAGGAGCGAUAAAAUCCGAGAGAGAACAACAAAUAAUGGGACUUUUAGAUAGAAUCGGGAAGAUGGAAGCGGAUCUUCAAGGUGCAGAGCCAAUUAAGAUGGAACUGAAUAAGGCAAGAGCUGAUGCGCAGAGCUUGCUUGCAGCUAGAGAUGAACUUGUUUCGAGAGUGCACCAGUUGACGGAAGAUAAUCAACGGGCUCACAUGGAGUUGCAGCAGGUCCCUGCGUUGAUGUCGGAACUUGAGAGCCUUAGACAAGAGUAUCAGCAUUGCAGGCAAACUUAUGACUAUGAGAAGAAAAUAUACAAUGAGCAUCUUGAAUCUCUUCAAGUGAUGGAAAAGAACUAUAUGACCAUGGCUAGUGAGGUGGAAAAGCUUCGAGCAGAAUUGAAGAAACAAGCUGAAAUUGAUAGAAGGACGGCAGCAGCUGGGCCCUAUGCUGGCUACGCUGGGCACAACGACAAAGAAGCUUCUGGUCAUUAUCCUGUUGGACCGAAUGCUUAUGAGGAUUCCUAUGCUGCUCCCCAGGGGCGGGCCCCGCUUCCGGUAGGUGGUGGAGCUGCUGAUGGGCAUACGGCUGUUGGAUCUCAAUCUGGACCUACUGCUUUGAGGGCUGGUUAUGAUGUUUACAGAGGACCGGGUCCUGCUGUUCCAGGUUAUGACCCACAAAGGGGAUCUGGUUUUCAUAAAGGACCCGCUGCACUAGCCUAUGACCCACAAAGGGGACCUGGUGCACCUGCAUACGACCCACAAAGGGGACCUGGUGCACCUGCAUACGACCCACAAAGGGGACCUGGUGCACCUGCAUACGACCCACAAAGGGGUCCUGGUGCACCUGCAUACGACCCACAAAGGGGUCCUGGUGCACCUGCCUAUGAUCCACACAGAGGCCCUAACCCACCUAGUUAUGAUCUGUACAGAGGACCUGGUGGGACCGGGUAUGAUAGACAAAGGGGGCCUGGUGGACCGGCAAGAGGACCGCAAUACGGUGGGCCGGGCUAUGAGGCGCACAGAGGAACCAGCUUUGAGUCACCAUCAGGCCCUUCUGGGCCCCAAGGGCAGGCAAAUAAUACUACGUAUGGUUCUGUGGCGGCAACCGCUCAUGCUGGCGGUGUUUAUCAGGGAGCACAGGUGCAUCCGCCAGCAGAUGGUAACCACCCUGGUCGCAGAUAAGGUUUCACUUGUUUUGGAAUCUGAACUAAAUCUUGAUUUUGUUUCCGUUUCACUUAUCGGAUAUUUAAAGUUGAUGUUGUAAGGAGUGACGUUUAUAAGAUUGCUUUCUUGAAGGAAUUUGCCAAAUACAUAACACUAAUUCGGUCUCCAUCUUUAUAUGUUUCCGGCAGUCGACUGCAAAAUGGUAAUCUAAAUAUCAUGACUUUCUGUA